AUGGCACAAAGUCGUUUUAUAAGGAAUGAAGAACUCAAAAUUCAAAAUGAAUCACUGAGAAGUCCCAGCACAGGUCCCAACUUCAAAAGCUCUUUACCUGAAGAAGAUAAAACUUCAAAAUUUCUCAACAACUUCUCGAUUUGUGAGCAGGCCAACAUGUUUUUCGAAACUCGUAGCAGUAAUUCAAGUGAAAGCAGUUAUGAUGGCUGCCAUGGUAGCUUUAACAGACAGAGAACCACAUCAGAAAUGAAUGGAGGGGAACUGAGAGGUAGGAAAAUACGUCAUUUUAAAAUAGUUUUAAUACCUUUAAUCUUUUGUGUUGCUUUUGCAAUUUCACUUAUAGUACUUAAAUUGUUUUAUUGCUUUCUUUUUGAAACCUUUGAAAAUGGAAAUGGCUAGUUGUCCCAAUUGUGCGCUUCCUCAGCUUUAAAAUGUGUAUUAUAUAACAAAUGCUUUUCUUCAAUAAACAUUUUUGUGCUGUGUUUUUACAGUUUUUGUAUCGUAUGAGCAAUCUCGGUCAUUUUCCACCCACAACCCACCCAUCCAGGCUUCAGUGUUGAAGCUCAGCUGUGCAGAAGGUUAAGUUUUCUUUUAUUAGAAAAUCAACCAUUACUUGUUGAUUAACUGCAACAAGUUAGUAAAUAUUAAAGGAAGUAUGGAGAAGACAGGAAGUUAGAUUUAUAUGUAAGAAGAUUUAUUGUCAGAACUUAUGAGGUUACUUUUUGUUGAUUUUGUAUUUUUUGUAACAAAUGAUGUAAACACGUGGUUUGGUUUUGUUGGUGUCUAAGCAAAAUAAAGGAGGGCCGGGAGAAAGAAAAUCAACCAUUACUAUAGAUGAAAAAUUGGAAGCUUUGUUAUCAAAUCACUUCUCUGUAAGUGUUAAGAACAAUGAGUAGCUAUUACCGUAUUUUUCGCCCUAUAGGACGCACUUUUCCCCCUCCAAAAAUGAAGGGGAAAUGUGUGUGCGUCCUAUGGGGCAAAUGCAGGCUUUCGCUGAAGCCUGGAGAGCGAGAGGGGUCGGUGCGCACCGACCCCUCUCGCUCUCCAGGCUUCAGGAAGCUCUGCAUAACCCUUGGGAGACCGGCGCGACUUCGUGGCGGUCUCCCGAGGGUUGCGCAGAGCUGCCUGCAGUCCCGGGCUUCAAACAAAACUAGGUGCACCCUAUGGGGCAAAAAAUACGGUACUUAAUCUUGGCAGUUGCCUUCUUGAGUUCUGUUUACAUAUGAGCAGCUUUAUAUUAUCUCAUUAUGAGCUUGCAUAGGAAUAGUCUACCAACUUUAGGUGGUGGUUAAUGUAAAUGUUUAAUGAUUAAGCAUUGAUUUCAUGCUGUGCAAUAUUGUACUUAGUAAGUCCAUCUGAAUUCAGCGUAACUUACUCCUAAUUGUGCAUAGCAUGCAACUCUAGCUGGUUGUCCAACUGGGUUAAUAAUUAGAAAUGUAUCUCCCUUCUACUACUUCUUGGAAAAACUAGGUCGUAUCUAAACAUUACUAUUCUAUAUUGUAGGGAAAUCAGAAGCCAUGAAUGGUGCCAGUACCUUCCUGCCAUCCUCAGCAAAUGAAAUAAGUCCUGUGAGUUUGCAAGAUUUGAGUCUGAAUUUUCUUCUACAUGUGUCCUUUAGUGCCAGUGUUAUUUUCAGCUUCCUUUGUUAACCCUGAUAGUACAUGUUUUUUCCCUUGUGGAUGUGACAAUAGAAUUUGGUGGGGCCGGUUCCAUUUCUGUUAUUUAUGUGGCAGUAUUUUACUAUUUUAAGGCAUAUAAAUGUUGCUCAAACUAUUCUAAAUGUAUAUUGCAGAUGCAUGCUUCAGCCUUACAACAUGCAAAGCAGAGAAGACUGCAGAGCUCUCCUGACAAUACUUUAUCCACAGGCUGUGAUCAAUUACACCGGUCCACAUGCCAUUUUUGUAGAAUGUCUGGUAGGUUUCUGUUAUCUGAUCUGAUAGACCAGGGCAACCUCUUACCUUGCAAACUUUAAAAAAAAUAAUUGAAGUUAGGAUUUUUUAUUAUAAAUUGGAAAGUGAACUCAAGUGUCAGUUGAAGCCUGUGUCCUUCAUCUACCAUAAACUUACUUAGUGAUCUUAGACACGCCAUCAUUUCUCAGCCACAACUGAAGCAUCUGAACAAAAAUUGUGAAUUAUGUAUGAAUGAUUACUAGGCAACUGUGUGUAGAGUGUUUUGGAUACUGUAAGUAAGAUUCAUGAAUGAACUUAAUUUGCGUACAAAUAAAAAUUAACCUAUACUUAUAUUUAAUAUUUUAUCUAAAUGUAAGGGUAUCUUAUCCAUGUUGAUUAACAUCUUACAUUUUUCCAUGUCAAAGCAGGGGAGAAUUGAUGUUUUCAAAAUUAUGCCAAUGGAUAAUAAAGAUUUUCAAACCUAGAGGCUUAGUAUUAUAGAAUUCUACUAUGUGCGGUUGACUUUAAAGACCAUCAACUUAAUGGGAACACAGAAGAAAAUCUUGAAUACUGAAUCAGAUAUUGCUGACCACAUACUGUAAUGUCAACGCUUUGUGUUGCUGUGUUAAUCUCUUUAGGAUCCUUGAGAUGCACACGGUGUAAGCAGGUCUAUUACUGUUCGGUGGAGUGUCAAAGGAAAGACUGGCAAAUGCAUAGUGUUGUCUGUAAGCUAGUUAAACAUAAGUAAGUUUAUACGUAAAAUUUAUCCUCCCUCUGAUAACUGGAUUUGUAUCUGUUUCCCUAUAGACAUCUGAUUGGCUACUAGACAGGCUGGACUUGAUGGGCAUUUGAUCUGAUCCAGCAGGGCUGCUCUUGUUUAUAUAGCUCUCGUUAGUGGUCAUGUUUCAGAAAGAGGAGCAUAUUUAAGCAGACCUCUGCUCAUAUUUUAGAUGAAUACAUAGGUUCCCAUUCAGAUCAUGAUGCUCAAGCACUUUGUGUGAAUUAGCAUGUACAGUCAUACCUCGGGUUGAAGUUGCUUCAGGUUGAGCACUUUCGGGUUGCGCUCCGUGGUGACCCGGAAGUAACGUAACGCGUUACUUCAGGGUUUUGCCGCAUGCGCAGACGCAGCGAAUCGCGAUCCACACAGACGUGGGUUGUGUUCGCUUCUGGAUGUGAACGGGGCUCCGGAACGGAUCCCGUUCGUAUCCAGAGGUACCACUGUACAUUUAGGGCCACCACGGAUUUUAUGUGACUAAAUACAAGGAACUACAGCUUGAUCUUGUAACUUAAGCUAUCUCACAGGGUUGUUUUGAUGAUAAAAUGGGAAAUAACCCAUGUUAUUUGCAGCAUCUUGAGGUCCUUGGAAGAAAGCCCAGGGCUCAAUUCAAUAUUAUUUAGUUAUUUAUUUUAUUGUUUUUUUAUUCGGUUUAUACACCACCCUUUAUCAAAAGAUCCCAGGGCAGUGUACAUUAAGAACACAUUUUAUGGAGCAUCAAUAACAAAAACAUAAUAAAAAGCAUAAUAGCAGACAGCAUAAUAAAAAAAACAUAAUAAAAAAUGUUCAUAAUAACAGUACUCCCCACCUCACCAACAUCUUUAAAAGGCCAUAGAUUAUUUAAUGGCUAAAGGCCUGGGUAAGGUGAAUAUUUUUCCUUGGCACCUAAAGACAUGUAAUGAUGGCGCCAGGCAAGCCUCUCUUAGGAGCAUUCAGCAGUCAGGGAGCCACCACUUAAGAUAUAUACUGCAAAGGGCUAUAGAAUUACAAGUGAGAUCUGCAGCAAAAUGUUGGAGUAGUUAUGUUUGGGUUUUAGUUACUCCACUCCCUUUUCUUCCCCACCCACAGCAGUCCACAUUCCACACAUACUCAGUCUUCACUGGGCUAGUUUUUAGGGUAUUCUCCCUUUUAGGGUCCUCCCCUCUUUUGUACUUCUGCACCCUGCAGAAUUUACCCUGUCUUCUGAUACUUCCAUCAUAUGCAUGGCUCUGUUGGCUAUGUCAAGAAUGGCACUCAGAAAAUUGAAUUAGAUGUUAUAGGAUGAGUGUAAUUCUGUAGUGAUGAAGAGUUUUAGCAAGUAUCUUCUAAAUUCUGGUUAUUGUUGUGUAGUUAGGUUUGCAGUAUUGCAUUUUUGAAUAUGUGGUCUAUUUAUUUAUUUUGGAAUUCCAGGUUGUAUGUUGUCCCCAAAGAAUGGAAGUGAAAAUUGCUGUUACCAUGUUUGAAUAUAACAUUCUUAGAAUGAAUGUUGAGCCAUUUUCUUUCCUCACCUUGUAUCACACCACCUUCAGCACUACCAUCCUAGUCUGUCUCCCAUUAUGUCAAAAACAAUGUUAGAAACUAAGAUAUGAAAGCUAGGAGCUAAAUGGCACCUUAAACCUAGGUUAUGGGCGCAACAACGGAAUGUCUAGGCAUGCUUUUUAAAUAAGAAUACAAAGCUGAAAAUGAAGAAAUAUUAAAAUAUUUCUGAAGUAUUAUAUACAUUUUUCACAUGGUCUAAUAGUCCUUCCCCUGCCCACCCCACUAAUAUUAUUAAGAGGGUCUUUUCUACAGUCUUCAGAGAGUAGCUGGAAGUGGGGAGGCAGAAAAAGGUCCUCCUUUCCUUCUACGCUGCUGUUUUAAUCUGAAAUCUUAGGCGCAGUAUUGCCCCCUGAACUCAGAAGCUGCUUGCGUUAAUGAAAUUCCCUGUCGCAAAAUGCACCUAGAACAAUGGGAGUUUUGAACACUGGUCACAAAUGGAAAACCUAGUUUACAAACAGAAUCAAACUGUGUCUUAAGAAGGGUUAAUAGAGUCCCCCACUUUAAGCAUAAUGAGAAACUGGUUUAAACAGCCCAGGAUUGAGGCACCAAGCCAGCAUGCAAAUAGGGUGAGUGGGAAGUGUACAGUUAAAAUGCUCAUUCUACCUUAAUAAAUAGUUAAUUCAACCAGAGAUAUUAGGAGUAAUAACGCCUUCAAUGUUUAUUGAUAAGUAAGUCGUAAAGGGUUUUAUAAACUGGCUCUACUUUGUCUCUUAAGCAACAUAUAAAUGCUUACUGCUUUAAGUGGGUCAAUUUUGAGUGUAUUCAGGACUGCUUGACCUUUACAGAACAAUUAUACUAAUGAACAGAAUUCAUUUUUAGUGCCGAUAAAGUUGAAGAUAGUGCAAAAUCUUUGGAUGAAAUCAAGAAAAAGGUAUGACUAGAGUUGUUCACUUGUGUGGUUGAGGAGGGGGCAUUAUUACCAUCUGCAGAUGAUAGUACUGUGUAUCAAAUAGUAUAUUUUGCUAAGCAGUACAGUGAAUUAUUGGCAUUAGAGAACUUGAAACUGCUUAAGGGAUCUUCUGUCACCCUGCAGUGAUAAACUGGAAUCCAGAGAACCAUGAGAUUGCCUCCACAUUGUGCAGUGAGCUUAUUUUGGUUCCAUUUCCGCUAUAGUGCCUCCCCUUGUGUCUAAAAAACCUCUUAUAAGGGUUAUGGACCUCUGAACAGCAUUCAAAGAGGCACAAACAACUCCUUUUGCAAUUAAAUUUAUUUGAAGUUUUGUUAGAAGAAAGCAUUUUAAGUGCAAUCACUGGGUUUUGUAUUCUAACCAAUACCACUCAGUUCAGCCUUCAUUUGGGAGCUGGUCACUCCUCCACCCAUUCUUGUGAUACCUUCCCUACUUCUAGAGAAAAUUGGAACAGCCCACAUCUUUAUCAACAUAGCAGUUACUGCACAUUGCAAAAUGCUGUGGCUACAGUGAAUAGGCACUGUGUCCUAUGGAAGUGUGCAGGGAAUGAAAUUUAACUACAUGAUGGCUAGCCAGCUAACGAGUGCUUAAUUGCAAGCAUUUUCUCGGUUGUCUUUUCUGCUUUAGCUUCAACUCUCACUGCCUUUUCUCUAUUGAUACGAAUUUUAAACAUGAUAAAUUCCUUUCUUUCCCACUUUAUGUAAACUCCUUAUUGUUUUCUGAACAGCCUCUCAAUUUCUUGUCAUUUUAAAAUGACAUGAAGUAAGUAUAUUCUGCUGUUCUUGCUGAAGCUGUUGCCUCUUGUAACUAGUGAAUAGUACUACAUUAGUGGUAUCUCAAAAUACCAUUUAUUCUGUUCUGUAAAAAUACUGUGUGGGUGACAUGACCAUCAAGACACGUAAUGACUUUAAUAUUUCUACCAUAGUCUUCAAUAUUACCCUUGACUUUGAUCCUUCUUACACUGCAGUCCAAACUUCCCUUGCCAGUGGGGUUUCAGUAGCAGUGGGGCCACUCCUUGAAAAUUUAUUUAGGGGAAUAUAUCAUGGAGAGCUGGUUGAUGUAAAGUGGAACUUCCUGAAAUUCAGCUGAAGUCUGCCUGACUCUGGUAGAGCUCUGCAUGUGAUCUAAUACUCAGAAGGGUUUGCCAUCUUCUGGAGAUUCAUUGCAAGGGGGGAAGGAGCGAACAGGAAUCAUUAGUUCCAUUAACUUCCUUUCAUUAACUUACCUCCUCCUUAUUUACAUGAUUUAAGUAUUUUAGAUCACUGAAACGGGUUAAUACAGUAGUUGCAUAUUCUGCUUAGUAAGCAAGCAAAAUAAUUUGUUUACAAUAGGAAAAUUUAUGUAUGAAUACCAGCAAAACAGAAGAGCGGGGCAAGAAAACUAUGUAUUCUGAUCUGACUACACUGGAGCUGAAGAAAAAUAUGAAAAUAGUGGUAAGUUCUGCUUUCAACCCAUUGUUUUGUUCUGCACUCUAUCCUGCCCACCCUCCACCACAAGGUGGCAAACAACAAAGAGCAAACCUUUUUUUAACUUUAAAAAAUAUGUGUGUGAGAGAGAGGGAGAGAAUAUAUUGCUUAAAUAACACAGUUGGACUUGUUUAUUGUUUUGAUUGCUGAAGUUUUCUGAUUAGAAAACGAAUGCUUUCAUUUUCUUCCCUUUAUAACCUAAAUUAAGGGUGGGGAACUUGAUCCAGCAGGUGGGACCCUUUCUUUCUGCAGUCCAGCUUUGACAGAAGGAAGGCAACAACCACCUGUCAAUCACCUGACAUCACUGCGAUGCCAGGUGACUACUUAAAAGAGGCUGUCAUCAGCAACCAUCUGAUCAAAAGGGAGUUUUCAGUACCAAAGCGGAUGGGUGCAGAGAGCAAUCCCCUUUGAACUAUGUAAGCCAGUAGGAUCAAAACUGCUCCGCUAACUGUUCUAGGGAAUUCCUGGGAGCUGAUCCCAUUUUUACCUGCCCCACACCUGGUAGCUGCAGUCAGGACAAAUAAUUGUCUGCACCCACCCAACCUAGCCACCAGCAGGUAAACAGCAGCGAUGCUGACUGAUGACAUGUAGCAUUGUAGACAAUCUUCUUACUAUAUGACUUUCUUUCUCUUUAGGGAACAGUAACACAGUUCAAUAAUCCAAGUGAAUUCUACAUUCAAGUCAAAUCUCCAGAAGUUCUAAGUAAUAUUAAUAAGCUUAGUGUGAAAUUGAAAGAUUACAAUGGAAUUAACCAAGGUGAAUAUAUUCCUGCCAAAGGUGAAGUCAGUGUUGGACAAUAUACCCUGGAUCAGGUAACUUAAUCAUCAAAUGGACUCAAGGACCAGUUGGUUUGUGGUUGGCUGUCCAAGAGAACCUGCAGCCAGCAACUUAUCAUUGUUGAUUUAUAGAAAGUAUAGGUGUUCAUAAAUUGAGAUAUGUACUUAAGUCUUUUUUGUGUAUGUGUAACUGAAGUGAGCAGCGCUGUAUAUCUUUGCCCAAGUGAGAGGUGGUUGGCAAUAUAAUUCUAUGCCAGUUAUUUGCUCCAGAUUUUCCUUUGCUAGAUAAAGGUGAUGAAAGUUGUUGGGGCACUUGAAUAAAUUAUGCCUGGGAAUUUUCAUCAGGGCAAGAUGGUUUUUCUGAAGUAACAUUUUAAAUUUUAUAAUGGGUUAUGUCACCUGAGAUCUGUCACAUAGGUCAAAUGUUUUUAAACUGAUAAACUAAACUAAAAUGGUAAUAAAAGUGCAGUUUAAAUGCUGUAGGAUUGUUCAAUAGCUUCAAAUGACACUCCCACAGGCAUACAAUAAAGUACAAGUAGAGGGAUGAAAGGACGUGGGUGGCACUUUGGGUUAAACCACAGAGCCUAGGGCUUGCCGAUCAGAAGGUCAGCGGUUCAAAUCCCCGUGACGGGGUGAGCUCCCAUUGCUCAGUCCCAGCUCCUGCCCACCUAGCAGUUCGAAAGCACCAAGUGCAAGUAAAUAAAUAGGUACCGCUCAGGCGGGAAGGUAAACGGCGUUUCUGUGCGCUGCUUUGGUUCUCCAGAAGCGGCUUCGUCAUGCUGGCCAUAUGACCCGGAAGCUGUACGCCGGCUCCCUCGGCCAGUAAAGCGAGAUGAGCACCGCAACCCCAGAGUCAACUGCGACUGGACCUAAUGGUCAGGGGUCCCUUUAACUUUAGAGGGAUGAAGCCAAGGACUGUUUUUUAAAAUCUUCCUCUUAGUUGUUAUCUGUUAAGUAUGACAGUUCACAACAAACACAAAAUAAUAGAUGUUUUUCCUGUGAUGUCACAAGUAGUAAUAUUUCGAACAAUAAAAGGUAAUAAACUGGUAAAACCUUCCCAGUAAUCUCAAAAACCUCACCUAAUAGAGGAGAAAAUCUAUACAUGCAAAGGUAGACGAAAAAGCUCUGAACAGAAUUCUAGGAAACCCUUGGGGUGGGAUUUAAUUUUUUUAAAUUCUGCGGCACCCCGAUAUGCUGUGAAAACAAUACUUUUGACAAAUCUGUACUUCGGUGAGCUUUACUUUAAGUCCAUCAACCAUCUUCCUGCGGGUGUUGUUGUUGUUUAGUCGUUUAGUCGUGUCCGACUCUUCGUGACCCCAUGGACCAGAGCAUGCCAGGCACUCCUGUCUUCCACUGCCUCCCGCAGUUUGGUCAGACUCAUGUUUGUCGCUUCGAGGACACAGUCCAACCAUCUCGUUCUCUGUCGUCCCCUUCUCCUUGUGCCCUCCAUCUUUCCCAACAUCAGGGUCUUUUCCAGGGAGUCUUCUCUUCUCAUGAGGUGGCCAAAGUAUUGGAGCCUCAGCUUCAUGAUCUGUCCUUCCAGUGAGCACUCAGGGCUGAUUUCCUUAAGAAUGGAUGCAUUUGAUCUUCUUGCAGUCCAUGGGACUCUCAAGAGUCUCCUCCAGCACCAUAAUUCAAAAGCAUCAAUUCUUCGGCGAUCAGCCUUCUUUAUGGUCCAGUUCCUGUGGGUAACUGCUAGUAACUGUUGGAAAAUAAAUGUACACAGUAAGUGUUUGGGACAGAGGGGCUGUUGGAAUCUGAAGACAUGAUAAAGAUUUUGGCUUGGGUUAAAACUAGCAUUUGUGAGGCAGCAUUAUAGAAAGAUUAAAAACUACACACACGUGGGAGUAGGAUCAGUUUAGGUGACUAGGGAGUGGACAAUAAAUAUUUGGAUGUGCUGCAACCAUUGUGUUUCCCAUCUCUGCUUGUGCAGUUCUAAUGGUUGUAUCAUCUGAAGAUAUAAUAGUCUGCACUAUUGACAUGGUUGCCAUAUUUCAAAAAGUGAAAAUCCGGACAAAAAUGUUGUUUUCCCCCCCAAAAUCUCAAAGAAGAGUUUUUAAAGGUAUUUUUUAUGAAAUUCGCCAAAAUCUACAACGCCAACAUGGGUGUCCCGUAUGUUUGGAUUUCCCCAGACAUUUCAUUGAUUUCCGCCCAGACUCUGUUAUUGAGAGCUGAAUACCGACUGUGUCUGGGAAAUUCUGGACUUAUGGCAACCCUAACUUCACACACACAUCUGUGAUAACCUAGUGCAAAUGUAGGGUAAAUCUGUAAUUCUGUAGCAGUAAGAUAAAAACACCUGUGUUUUAGAUUACUAGUAAGAUGUGAACUGUAAUAAAUCAAGUAUUAAUGAAUUAGCAGCUCAUGGUAGAAUUGUUUGACUAACUAGUAUCUCAGUUAAACUGAACAUUUUCAGUUCAGCACAAUUACAGUUUCCUCCAUUCCUUGCAGAAAAUGAACUAAUCAUAGUAAGUCCAGCGUAUUAUUCUGUUUUCUAAAUUACAUCUGAUACUAGCUUAAAAGCACAAAAAUGUAUUGAAGGAUGUGGUAUUAAAACUGCCAUUAUAGUUGUUCAACUGUUAUGUUGAAGAAGAAUCAUUUUUCUUCUUAAAAAAGAAUAAUAAAUCAUAAUGUAAAAUAACUUGUUCAUGUUCAGACCUGGUACAGAGUGCUUAUAAAAGAGGUGGAUAUCCUUAAGAAGAGUGCUCUGGUUUUAUAUAUUGAUUAUGGAAAUGGAGAGAAUUUACUACUAAAUAGAAUUAAACGAUUGCACCAAGAUAUUGCGCACAUUCCACCCUGUGUAAGUAUAAGUUUACACAAUGCACCUUUACCACAGAUAUUUAGAGUGUCAAGAAUACAGACCUGUGUAUGCAAAUGCUAAAGUGUGUUGAGACAAAUAAUACGCCAGAAUAUUGUUAUUACUAAGUACUAGAGACUCCAAAACUGGCAUCUUGACUAAGACGCAAACGGAAAUCUUAAAUGGCCAACAUGCAUAUGUUUGAAGGACAUGUGCACACAUGGCCAUAAAGACCAGCAGUAAGCCAGACAUCCUUACAGUGUGUUUUGUUUUUGCUUUGCUUUCAGGCCAUUAAAUGUUGUGUUGCUAAUGUCCUCCCAGCUGAAGAAAAAUGGAAUGCAAACUGCAGCAAAGCUAUUGCUCCAUUUCUUAUAGGAAAGUGCUGCUCAUUCACUGUUAUUGAUGUUUUGGUGGAUGAGAUGCCCUAUUUUGUUGUAGAUGUUGUAUUGGCAGAUUCUGGUAAGUUUCAUUAACCUUAAUAUUCUUUGUUGAAUGAAUUGUUAAUUAAGCAGUGACGGUUAACAUCAUUUUUUGUAAUCUGACACAUGAACUAGAAGGAUGCUCACCGGAUACUUCAGUUGUGAUAAAAACACAUCUUGGGGUGGAUGAGUCAUUGCACAGUGAUUGUAUUUCAUUCCCUACAUAUCAGGGAAGACUUGGUUCCAUCAUGGACUGAUCAAUAACUAAUUGCUCAGUCAUGCUUGCCUCAGAUCCUCGGUGGGCCUGGUGACACCAGGCAGUACCAAGAAAUAGUACAAAAAAAGUGCUGCUUGAAAAGCCUGGCACCAUGUUUUUGUUUAUAUGUGCAGAUUUUUUUGUAAGCUACUUUGAGGACCUAUUGGGACUAUAAAGUGGGAUACAAAUAUAAGUAAAUAAAAUUCAAGUGCAUCUGACCCUGUAUAUAACUUGGAGAGGUGCUGUUAGUCAGUCAGUAUUGGGUUAAAUGAGCUAGUGGCCAGACUUGGAAACAGAUUCAGAAGUUUGGAGUGCUUUAUUUUUUUCCUGUUUGACCAAACCCCUGGGUAAUAUGUCAGUGCCCAGAACCAAAGCAUUGGAGACAAAAAACUGUUUUGAGAAGUAGCUGCUCAUAUUGACUUGGCAUAAUUUACAAGAGAUGAGUGUAGUGGACUCUGGUUUUUUGGCAGAAUGUUUGUGUGCAUGGCAGAUUCCUUUUUACUAGUCUUUGUGAAGCUGUCAUUCCAUCAAUUUAUCUGUAAUACUGUAUGUGUCGUAGGCCUAUUUACAGUAGUACUUUAGAGAUAAAUUUGGUAGAUCUGAUGUGUUUCUGUUGGCAGUGAUUUGUUUUUGAAUGGAUAUUAACAAAUGUGUAUGUUUCAGGUAAACACUUGCAUGAAAUACUCUUGGAAAUUGGAUGCAGUUUAAAUUCAAAGAGUAGGAGUAGCAACAAGGAAAACUCAGUUACUGGUGAGUCCUUAUCGUUUUAUUUAAUUCAUCUUGAUUAAUAUCUUUAUGAAAGCAAGGCACCUUUAAGCAUGCACUUGCUAAAGAUACUAAAAUAGGUUUAUUCUUAUUGGUGCAAAAUGUGUGUCAUCUUUAUGAGGCUUAGGAGUGUAGCCAUAAGUUAACGGGUUCAUUACAGCUGGGUUAUCCAGGUCCAAAGGGCUGUUUUUGCUUUAAUUUGGAGGGUUGAGUUGCCAGAAUCUUGGACUGUAACACUUGAGGUUAUGGAAGAUGCAGUGCCUCACACUAGAGGUCAUCCUAAUGGGCGCUGGAGGAAAGGGAGUUGGCUCUAUUUGUGCUAUAUUGAGCUUGCCUUUCUGGUAAUAGCCCCAAAUGGGAUAAAAUUUAAUGUAAAGCUGUACCUGUGGGUUGCUGCCUUGGUCCUUAGCCUUUGAGCAGAGAUACAGCUUCAAGGGAGCUGGUGGUUCUGUGGCUCCUUUAAGCUGUGCUCGUGGUGUCCUAGUUCACAUGAGAGGUAGUGCAUUAUUGAGAGUCUUCUGAGUCUCAUUUUGUUUAUUACUACCAUAGAUGGAUGAAUGUGUCUAUGAAUGAUAUUCUGCAUUCUCUUAAGGAUGAUAAGUUUUUAAUACCAGUAAAACCUGCAACUCAGGUUUUGAUAAUAUGUUCUUUUUUCUUAGGUUCUACUGUGGAAAAGAUUUCUAUUCAGGAAAAGAAGCUUGAGCAUAAAGGACUGGAUCAUAGUGGCUGUCAAACUCGCAAGGUUAUCUUGCCAUCUAUAGGAGAUACAUUUUUGGGUAUGGUUGCCCACAUACAGACACCAGGAGAUUUCUUUUGUCAGCAGAUGGGAAAUGGCUGUAAGUCCUUGUUUUUAGUUAAAUUAAAAUGUAAACAUGUAUGCAGGAGUAGCAUUUGAAUAUGUAACAGAACUUUUAAAAUGUUAGGAAGCGGUGAGGUGUUGAGUUUUUUUGCAUUGAAGUGGGAGAUUAAUACUUAACAUCACUCUUAAUUUAUAGCUUCUAGUUUGCACUUUAUAAUCCACAACAUGCCUAGACUUUCUGUGUAACCUCCAAACAAACAACCAUAUUCAAAUGACAGCAUUUGCUGGCAAAUGAAAGUACAACACUUUUAUAUUGCUUACUUGUGGUUUGGGUACAUUUUGGUUUAUUAUUUAACAAUUUCCACAUAAAUACCUGUUUUGUCAGGCAAACUUACUGAGCUUCAAGUAUCCCUGGGUGAAUACUGCGACACAAUCUCUGCUACUCCAGAUUUCUGCCCAGCAGUAGGAGACUUGUGUUGUGCGCAGUUUACAGGUAAAUACUACUUGUCGAUGAUGGUGAUUUACUGUUGUUGGCCUAUAUCUAACAGAGGUUACUAGUUCAAGCCCAUGGAAAUCUGUGGGCUUAAGUAUGCCUCUAGUGAGUGGUGCUUUACAGAAUGCAAGAGGACAUGUCCUUGUCAUAGGAGUUUGCAGCCCACAUGGCGAAACUUUAUGGGCAAAAUGGGAACAUAAAAGGUGCCUUAUGCCAAAUUAGACCAUCAGUCCUACUAGCUCAGUAUUGUCUCAGUGACUGACAGCAGUUGUUCAGGAUUUCAGACACAAGUCUUUUUCAGUUGUAGCUAGGGAUGCCAGGGAUUGAACCUAAUUCUUUGCCACUGAGCUACAGCCCUUCCCUUAAGUUUUGAAGAGGUUUUUGUAGGAAGUAAGAGUGCUGGUACAAGCAUAACGGACAGCAGGGGGGAAAGGACAGUCAUUUGAGGAAGCCAGGUGUCUUCAGGCAGCUGAGAGUGGUAGAACUGGAAGGGUAACAGUUGUGGGUGAGGAUAUAUUGGUAUAAGAAAAGAGCUAUAAUGGAAGAAGGCUAUGGAGGGCUUUGAAGAUAAAGGUGAGGAACUUGUUCUAGAUCUGUGUGGAGCUCUGAUGAAUGAUGUUCUGUGUCAGAGUAACAAGAGGUCACUUUUUCUGGAGAGAGACAAGGCAACAGAAGACCGGAAAUGAAGGUUGAAGUCAAGGAAAGAUAUUACUAGAAUGUGAACCAGAAUUCUUGCCAAAGGGGCAGAUAGGAAAGGCUGUAUCUUCACAAUGCUGUAAAGUGACAUGGCUUCAACAGACAAAGUAAUGUGGAGGGAGAAAGGUUGAACAUAAAGCCAAGGCUUUGUGCCUGUUCAGCAGGUUGGAUGUUGCAAGUUGGGUAAAGAGAAUAUUCAAGGAAAGAAGAGCUUUGGAUGAAAUAUGAGAAGUUUAGUCUUCAGCAUACUGGGAGAAAUUCAGUGUAGGGCUAAAGAGAUUGUUCCAUCUGGCAAGCUGAAAUACUUCUGCUGAUGGAACAAUCGUCCCUCUUCUCCUAUGUGCAGUUCUGUGUAUCCUCCGGACCUACCUACCUACUGUGCCAAUUUGGGUGGGAGCGAAAAGCUCUGUUGCACUAGUGGAAGACCUUGUGCUGCCUUCUGCUAGUGAGAUUCAUUAGUUGAAUCCAACCCACUAAGUUCCAGGCAGUGUUAAAACAGCAGAUUAGAAAUAACAAAAGAGACAGUUAGAGAUGUGAAUUUGGGUAGAGGGAGAAAAUUCUAAAGUACAUGGUAGAGCUGGGUGAAAUCAGCGCUGAAUGUUAUAGGAUUGGAAGAAGUUGCCCAGGGGCAAUGUAGAACAGUAUUCUUCAGCCUUGGGUCCCCAGAUGUUUGAGCAGAUUGAAAAGCAGUGGUAUAGGGCAGGCUUCUCAAAUCGGGAGCCCUCCAGAUAUUUUGGAGUGCAGCUGCAUUCAACCCUGAACAAUUGUCAUGGGAGUUGUAGUCCAAAACAUCAGGGUUUUGACCCUGCAGAAGCCAGAGCCCAGUACGAAAAGAGUAUUACAACUGAUAAAUGACUUUGGUCGGGUGGCUGGAUUUAAAUUAAAUAAACAGAAAACUAAGGUUAUGGGGAAAAAUUUGACAGAUACAAAGUCAGAACGGUUUCAGAAUGAGACGGAACUUAAUGUGGUUAAAAAAGUAAAAUACCUAGGGGUAAACAUAACAGUAAAAAAUCUAAGUCUAUUUAAGGAUAACUAUGAAAAAUGCUGGUCAGAAAUUAAGAGAGACUUAGAUAGUUGGUCAAAAUUUAAACUUUCUCUGUUAGGCCGAAUUGCUGCUAUUAAGAUGAAUGUAUUGCCAAGGAUGUUGUUUUUAUUUCAAACACUUCAGGUUUUGGACAAAACGGAGUGCUUUCAGAAGUGGCAGAGAGACAUUUCUAAGUUUGUCUGGCAGGGCAAAAGCCCAGAAUUAAGUUUAAGAUAUUAACUGAUGCAAAACAAAGAGGGGGCUUUGCCCUGCCAGACUUAAAGUUGUAUUAUGAAGCCGCAGCGUUCUGCUGGCUAAAAGACUGGCUACUUCUUGAGGACACUGAUGUGUUGGAUCUGGAAGGGUUUAACAAUGCCUUUGGAUGGCAUGCAUAUUUAUGGUAUGACAAGGUUAAAGCAAAUAAGGCCUUUAAGAACCAUAUUGUCAGAAAAUCAUUGUUUAAUGUCUGGAUAAAAUAUAAAGACUUGCUGGAAAAUAAAACACCAAGGUGGCUUUCACCUCUGGAAGCUAAGGCCCGAAAAAGACCCAAUAUGGAGGCUAGAUGGCCAAAAUAUUGGGAAAUACUAGAAAGGAUGGAGACAAUUGGAAAUUGCAGAGUUUGGAGAAAAUGAAAGACAAAGUGCGAGAUUGGUUACACUACGCUCAGAUUAAAGAAGUUUUUAAAAAUGAUAAGAAAUUAGGGUUCCAGGUGGAGAAAUCGAAACUAGAAACAGAAUUGUUAGAACCAAAGAUUAAGGUACUUUCAAGGAUGUAUAACUUGCUGUUGGAAUGGAAUACACAAGAUGAAACGGUUAAAUCGGCUAUGAUAAGGUGGGCACAGGACAUUGGGUAUAAUAUUAUGUUUGAGGACUGGGUAAGGUUGUGGAGUAAUGGAUUGAAAUUCACUGCAUGUAACGCUUUGAAAGAAAAUGUAAUGAAAAUGAUUUAUAGAUGGUAUAUGACCCCAGUCAAACUUGCAAAAAUUUACCACCUGCCUGAUAAUAAGUGUUGGAAAUGUAAAGAGUGUGAGGGAACGUUCUUCCACCUCUGGUGGACUUGCCCUAAAGUGAAGGCGUUCUGGGAAAUGAUUUAUAAUGAAUUGAAAAAGGUAUUUAAAUAUACCUUCACUAAGAAACCAGAGGCUUUCCUUUUGGGUAUUGUCGGCCAAGGGGUGGCAAAGAAGGACCAGACAUUUUUUAUGUAUGCAACAACAGCAGCAAGGAUACUUCUCGCAAAACAUUGGAAAACUCAAGAUCUACCCACACUGGAAGAAUGGUAGAUGCAACUGAUAGACUACAUGGAACUGGCUGAAAUGACCGGCAGAAUUCGUGACCUGGGAGAAGAGAGGAUGGAGGAGGAUUGGAAGAAAUUUAAGAACUAUCUACAAAAAUAUUGUGAUUUGAGUGAAUGCUAAAUAAGAUGCUAGAUUAAAAUAACUGAGCACCACUUAAUUUAGAAGUUUUUAAGAAAACAAGUAAGACUGUGAAAGUUUAACUCUUUUUGAGAAUUAUAAGACUAUGAAAUAUUGAAGGGAUAUAAGAAUUCAAAUAAGAUGAUAAAUUGCUGACAAAAUGUUAUAACGAUGAAAGUGGGAGCGGGAGAUGUGAGGAAGUCCAAAGAAAAUGUGAAACUAUGUUAAGACAAAUGUUACAUUGUUUAUUAUGUUUAUUUUUAUUGUAAAACCCAAUAAAUUGCUUUAAAAAAAAAAAAAAAAGAAAAGCAGUGGUAUAGGGCAGGCUUCUCAAAUCGGGAGCCCUCCAGAUAUUUUGGAGUGCAGCUGCAUUCAACCCUGAACAAUUGUCAUGGGAGUUGUAGUCCAAAACAUCUGGAGGGAUUGUGGGGGAAGGCUGGCAUGGAGAGAGACCAGCUAUGAGACAACAACAGGUCCAUGAAAAAUGCCAGCACAGAAGGGAAAACCAGAGUAAGUGUGUCCACUUUUUGGAGCCACUGAAGGAACAAUCUGGUAGGAAGAAAAACAUCUAAAGUCAGAAUCAUGGAGACCUAGGUCAUUGUGAGUUAAGCAGGAGUGAAUGGUCAGCGGUUUCAAAGGCAGCAGGCGAGUCAAGAAGCAAGAGGACUGGAGAGUAGAUAAAGGAUAGCUUGCAAGUGUACAUAAGCCUGUAUUAAUUUAAAGGACCGUUGAGGUAUUUAUUAAAGAUGAGGUCUCGGUUCUUUCUGUUGAUUUACAUAGGUAGUUUUGGGGCCUUUCCAGCAUUUUUACCCAUAUGCAGAAAUUGGAGGCUCAGUUCUUCAAUGGUGUGUUGUUGUUUUUUGUUGUUGUUUUUUUGUAUUCACACUUUGUUGGCCUAAUGGCCAGUGUCUGGCAUUUUAUAUAAAACCAGAGCAUAUCAGAGCAUUUUUCACUUAAUCUUGGACUUUUAAGUCAUUAAAAGUAUUACAUGGUCGUUGGCAGUCUUGCUCUUUCUACAGAAGCAGUAGGAUCCCUUUUGGCCCUGAACUGCAACAUCCUUUGAGACUGGAGACCUUUGCAAAUCUGUGCCCCUGAUGUUUUCUAAAGUAGCAUGUGUACUGCUGUGCAGGGAAGAACUAGUUUGGCUAGUAUUGGCUCAGACUUCUACUGCCACAAUGAAAGCCACCGCUUGUGUACAGUAGCUGCAGUAAAAAUCAGUUUGUAACAUGGGGUUGUUAGUUGUAUAAUUUUUACGUGACAAAUGUAUUUUUAUCUUCCAGAAGACAAACAGUGGUACCGUGCAUCAGUUUUGUCCUACAUCUCAGAGAAAACUGCUUUAGUGGGCUAUGUAGAUUAUGGUAACAUAGAAGUCCUUCCAUUAAAUAAACUUCGGCCGAUCAUUCCAAAAUUAAUGGAGUUACCAGUACAGGCUAUAAAGUGCACCUUAGCAGGUAUGAAACAGAAUGACUAAAUACAUCUGGAGAAUAGCACACACAAUUUUUUUUGCAACUUAGGGAAACAAAGAGAUUAACCUGUGGAGACAAAAUGGAAAUUGAAGCUGUACCAUAAAAUUUGUACCAGGUACAGCUUCUGAAUUUAGAUAUAGAAUCAUCCCAAUUAUGCCUCAAUAUGAUGCAACCUGCACCAGGCAGAUCAGAGAUUCCUUUGGAAGUGUUGUGAUAGUAAAUAAAGUUGUCUGUAUAUUGAUUACUGUAUUAACUCCUUUUAUUUAAAGCCUACCAUUAAAAGCUUGCUGUGCCUGAGGCUCAUAGUAUGAAAUACUUAACAUAGUUCAAAUUAUUCUUUUUCCUAGAGUUGGCAGCUUUGUGAUAUUCUCUAGCCCUACCUUGUUCAUAUUGGGUUUUGGAUUGUCACUGACCUGGUAAUCCUAACUAUGCCAGGCAGUGGCCCAGAGCUGUGUUCUCCCUGAGCAGACUUGCCUGACACUUCUUGCAAACGUAGGAAGCAUAGCAGAAAGGGCAAAACGUUAGUAGCGAUUUGGUGCUUCCCUAGAGGCAAGAAAAUGUCUUGGGUCAACACUGCAUAGAUAUUAGUAAAGCCUCUUCUGAUAACAAAGGAACAUUUUUGUGCCAUUUUGUUGUUUCGGGAAUAUGAAAUAGAGAAUUAUGUGCUGGGUAUGCAGAUAAUUGGUUACCUGAUCGAAAAUGUUAGAAAUAUACUUUUAUUGCUGAUGGACUUAUAUCAUUACAAAGAAAAUUCUGUUACAAAGAAAAAUAACUAACUUGUAAAGGAGUAAAUUUUUUAUUUUCUAUUUUUUAAACCGUCUCUUAUUUCAAGGUGUAAAGCCAGCAUCUGGAACCUGGUCCACAGAAUCAACUUCUGUUAUGAAGAAGCUGGUGCAAAAUAAAGUACUCACUAUAAGAGUAAUAAAUGAGAAGGACAAAACUUUUGUGGUCAAACUUACAGAUGAAUCCAGGACUCCAACAAUAAAUGUGUCUAAAUACCUUUUAGAGUUGGGAUGUGUAGUGGAAGAAGCCACCACUGUCCCAGCAGUGCUUGAAACAAGCACUGGAACAUUACAAAAAAUGCGUGGUGAGUAUGUGAAAACUAACCAGCUUGAGGACUUGAGCUGUAUUAGUAAUUUACUGUGAAUAUUACAACACUGAAUAAGACUCAGAUUUAGGAACAGCAUUCAUUAUUUUUGCUGCUCCACUGUUACUAAUUACAUAUUUGUUGUACCUAAUCUAUAAUACUCAGACGUCUAAAUCUCCCUGUGAAACUAAAAAUGGGGAAAUAUAUUAGAGUUUGCUGAUGGGGAUCUGUUAAAUUUCCACCAGCAGAAUGAACAUUGAAAAAACGUAACUCCUAAUGGUUAUUUUUAUAUUUAUCUAUAGGUCAACAGCUGGACAAAAUUGAUUGGUCAAGGGUCACAUUAACAGCCAAACAGGUGGUAAAUGUGUUUGUUUGCGUGCUACACAACCCCAGCAAAUUCUAUUGCCAAUUGUUAGACAAUAACGGUACAUCUUUCUUUUUUUCCCUUUGAGUGUUCUGUUCCUUGUGUAUCAAUUUUUAUAUUUCAACCAUCUAUAGCUCUCUUUCAGUCACAUGCCCCAACACUCAGCCUGUUAUUUACAUAUCUAUCCAGUGUCCUCAAACAAGUAUGAUUCAGAAACCUGGCAGGUGUGCCAUUGCUUUUUUCACUCACGUAGUUGUUUGUGCAAACAACUUUACUUAGAUAGCAUUCAUCUUGUGGAGCAACCUCUUCCAUUUUGCACAGUGAAUAUUAAGAGGGCAUAAUUCUGUCACACUUCUGCAUGCAUCUUGUUUGGUCCCCCCCCCCCCAAAGUUAGUGCAAUAAUGGAGAGGAAUGUAAACAGUAACUCUAGCUACAUUUUGUCCUAUUGCUCAAUAGCUUUAUACAGCAAAACCUCGGUUCCAGAAUGGCUCCGUUUUGAAAUGUUUCAGCUCCCGAAUGCCAGAAGCCGAAUGUCCGACACGGCUUCUGCUUGGGUGCAGGAAGCUCCUGCAACCAAUCGGAAGCCACUCCUCGGUUGUCAAACAUUUCGGAAGCUGAACGGGCUUCUGAAUCGGAUUAAGUUUGACAUCCAAGGUUUGACUGUAUUUAUAAACUGUUUUCAAACUCAGCACCAUCAUUGGUACACUUAUUCAAACUUCCUAUCAUAUGGUUAUGUAGCAAUUCUGUGGCAGCAGUAUUGCUUGGUGGAGUUCUUCCAUAUUAGCUGUUUUAGAAAAGGUUGAGAUGUUAGCUGACUUAAGCCAUAUAUUGGAAGGAAGGCCUCUAGACUUUUCUCAUUAAACUUUUGACAGUGGUUAGUGUUGCAAUUUCAAUCUUAAUUUUGCAGGCUUGAAUGCUUUGGAAGAACUCAAUAUAUCUUUAGCAGCAUACUGCCAGAAAACAGCCCCAAACAUUUCCAAAGUUACAAAGGGAGAUGUGUGCUGUGCUUAUUUCUCUGGUGAGUAAGUUUACUUAUAGCUCAUAAUCUUCUGUAUUGCAUUGAUAUUUUAUAGAAAUCACAUUUCUCUGUUUGCUGUGGAAAGUAUCCAACUGAGUACUUCCGACACCUGGUGCAUUUAGACAUACACUGAGCAAUUGAAAUGUCGUGCAGUUCAUGGCCUUGGCUCCUUUCACCCCAAUCCCCUAGAAGGAAAGGCAUCCAGCAGAGCAAUGGAACAAGAACUGCAUUGUCGCGAUUUACGAAACAGUAGAUUUCAUUCCAUGCUAAUAAUGCUAAUACCAAUACUGCUCAAGACAGUUUGCAAAAAAAUAAACAGUAAAAAUGCAAUAGUAUAAUGAUGGUAAUACAUAAUGUGAUAAUUCUUAAGAAUUAACAGUUCCUAUAAAAUGUAUCAGAAUUGAAGUAAGCACACCACUUACCAAUAGGUCAGUUAUUAAUAUCCCAAAGAAGCCCCAAAGCUGAUACCAUUUGUACCUAGACAGCACCCCAGGCACCCAGCGUUUAUGCCUAAACUCAAAAGGCCACAAAUACCCUCUCAGUUCUCCUAGCAGCUACUCCCUUAAAAAUAUUCCUGCGGCAUGGCAGAGGGAAGCUGCCAUCUUCUGAUGGCAAAGAAGAGUCUCCUCACUAAGCUGUUGCCAGGGCUGAAGAUAGGUCUUGAUAUGUAUAUUAUUUUUUGAUUAUUAUCCAUUAUCCUUCAAUAGGAUAUUAGUACUUUUCUUGCAAUAUGACAGAGUAACUUUAACGUCUGACUAAAAAUUAUAUCGCUUUGAAAUAGGGGUAGCAUGAAUCUGCUGUAUCUGUCUACGCCCAAGUAAGACAUGAAGCAAAAGAUCAGACUACUGUUUUUAAUGAGAGAGUAAAUUACUUGUAUGCUUAUUGGAUAUUACAAGAUCUUUGUCUCUGUCUUAUUUUAAUUUAGGUGAUGGUAGAUGGUAUCGGGCUUUGGUGAAAGAAGCCAGUUCAUUUGAAGCUUUUAAAGUUCUGUUUGUAGAUUAUGGAAACUGCGAAGAGGUAACUCUGGACAAAAUCAGACAGAUUACAUCUACAUUUAUGAAACUCCCAUUUCAAGCAAUUAAAUGUUCAUUGUCAGGUACAGUUACCUUACUUCAGUAGAAAUCUCUUGAACUGCAAAUAAGAUAUAAAGUUACACUGUUUUAAACAAUAUUUCUGUUUAAGGUGUAUUCCUAAAUCUAAGAUCCAAAAUGUUAAUCUGUUAGGCACUUGAAGCCUGUAUCUCAGGCUAUAUUGUCCUAAGGGAAUAGGAGUAAGAAAACAGUUAAGCCACAACCAACAGAGUAGUGUAGGAUAAAUAUGACCCAGAAACUGUUCUAAAUUAGAAAUUAAUAAAUACUGAAACUGUCUUUAUUCUUGGAUAUUCCUAAGUUUUGCAUAUGUUAAUCUUUCACAUAUUUAUGUAAAAGAUUUUAAAUUUAUGAUAACAGGUCCCCAAGGUUUUCAAAAUCCUCUAAUACAUUUAUAGUACAAUUUAUUCAUUUUUACUGAGAUACAGGUUGUCUAGUAAUGAUAAGGGAUUUGCAGCCUUAGUAACAUCAAGAGCAUUGUCUAAAGAGUCCCUAAUGGCUGCUUAAAUAUUUUUUCCCCUCAGGUGUAAGACCCAUAAAUAAGGAAUGGACAGCAGAAGCUACAACAACACUUGAGACGUUCACAGCUGGGAAGAAAAUUCAGGCCAGAGUAGUUUCUUUAACGAGAAAUGGUGUUGAAGUAGAGCUUAUUGACAAUUCUGAGAGUGGUCCCAUAGUGAUCAGCGAAUAUUUAAUUAAGAAUAAUUUAGCUUUGAAAAAGGAAAUAGUGUCGGAUCUGAAUGUGCAGCCAGGUGAAUUGACAGACAGUGAUUCCCAAGGUAAUGUUACUAACUUUUAAAAAUGAAGAAUCUGCAUAAUGUUUGUCUGUUUUGUGUAGGUAUAGGGAAUGUGCUGUGGCGUUAAGCAUGUCAAUUAGCAAAUGUGAUAAAUUAUUAACUCACCAAGUACGUUUUGAACUUUCUGUUGAUGAAUGUUAUCACAUUGAUGGAAAUGGGCAUAAAACUUGGUGGUUCUCCAUAGAUGAGCUGAAAGAACUAAAGCAAUAGUACACUUCAAUAACAGUAUAGAUUUCAAAAUUAAACAUCACGAAAUUCAUUACCUGUGUAGAGUUGUUCCCUUCACAACAGGCUAUGUAACAUAUCUAUUUCUGUAAACUAUGGUCUAACUCACACAUCGUUGUAAACCACAGGUGGACAAUCAAAGGGCAGCAUGCAGCCCUUGGCCAUUCUCUCUGAGGCCUCUCAAAGCCCAUGGAACCAUGACAACCUUUCCACCAGCUGGGUGAUGGGGGAAAUGAGAGCUCUUCCCAUACAGCUUAGCAGCAGGAGAAAUGUACACAUUGCACGUGCUGAGAGGAGCCUUUAACUUCCUCCUCAAAAGCUUCUGAUCCAGACAAGAUUGGUGUUCCCACACGGCAUCAAGAACACAAGGGGCAGGGAUUAACAUCCAUUCCCCCACUACUUCCUGUGCAGAUCAGCUAGUGGGGAGAUAGUGUGUAUAGUGUGCACACGUGAAUUAUGCAUUGAAGGUGUAUGAGAGUGUUGUGUAUGUCUUAUUUAAAAGCACUGUCCAGUGCUGACUGUGCCCAUCCACUGGCUUCACAUCUUUUAUAAGUGGCAGCAUAUAAUUGUCAGAACAGUUAGCACAUAAAUAAUCUGUUUUGUAAAUCUUCAAAGGCAAAGAUGCAUUGUCUGGCAAUAUAUGUCGGUACAUAUACCCUGCUACUAUUUCCGUGGCUUUUUUUGGUCAUAUCUUCAGCAAUAUGGAUAUUUAAUUGAUGCCUACUAAGGAUCACAAUCUGAUAAUUGGGAUCACAAUUACUGAUAAUUGCAAAGUCAUUCUAAGAAAAAAAGAAAUGAAAACUGAUGAGGGGAAAGGAAACUUACAAAACAAUGCAUCCCUUGGGCCCAACACUGGAUUUUUGCCAUUAUGUGGAGGAUUCCCCCAGCUGUUUCCUCUGUCCUGCUUGCAUGCAGGUAAUGCAAAGGGCGAUUGCAGGGAGCGGAAGAUUCAUGCAUGCCUUCCAUAACCCUGUCCACUUCUUCUGUGUGCCAUGUGGCUCCUCAUGCUAUUUGCAUGCAUGCAUGCACAGGUGAUGGGGAACAGGGAUUCAGGCUCCACCAGUAUGCAUUAUAUGUGUCCAUACUCAGGUGGGAUAAGGUCCCACUUUUCUGUAAUGUAGACUCCAUCCUGAAACUAAUGGCAGGUAAUUUUCAUAACCAAGGUCAGCCACAUAAAAGUGCUUAGCAAAUAAUUUUCACUUGUGUGUAAUAUUGCAGGAUGCAUACAGUGGACAACAACAGAAUUUCCGGUUGGUGAAACUGUGCCUAUUCAUGUAUUAGAUGUGACAAACCCUGGUUUAUUCUAUGCUGUACCCACAAAAAUGAAAGGUAAGGGCUACAGAAUGCUGUAAGUUGACAUAGAUUUUCUUUAUGGUGGGCCCCAUUCAGUCAUAAUAGAAAACAAUGUUUUUCACUAUGUAAAUGACCAUGACAAAAUUUGGUCACAAAUGAUCAUUAUUCCCUUCCAUUUUUAGUGCCUGUAAGAAGACUAGAAGCUUCUAUGUCUUAAUUUUAAACUAACCACAGUUUCCCAUAUGAUGUUCAGAUUUGGAGAGUUAUGGUUUAUUUAUGAAUUGUUGUAAAACUAUUAUUUAUGACCCCAUGGUGUGUUAAACUUCAGUUUAAAGAGGCCCAUUGUUACGUAUCUGCACCAGAAGUGUGCAAGGACUUAAAAAAAACCCUGCACUAGUUGAAAGUUUUAUAAUUUGGGAACUUGAGUUACUGAAGAAAGAAAGGCGGUACUGAUUACCAUACAUAUAAAAAGAAAACAAAAGGAAAUACUUUAGGUUUGCAAAUUUGCUACUUUAUUAUUCAUAUGUUAUCCAAGGAAAUUUAGCUUAACAUGCUUCCAGAUGCUAGAAUGUAUUUGCUCAUAGACUUUAUCAGGAUAGGUGAGUGGGAGAAGAUACAAAACAUUACACUUCUUUUAUGUUUUAGUGGAUCUGCAGAGACUCCAUAAGCUAAUGACUGGACUUGCAGAUUACUGUAAUUCUCAGAAUGAUUCCAGUUUCAAGCCAAAAGUUGGUGAACCCUGUUGUGCCAGAUUCACAGGUGAAAAAAUGAAAAAGUGUGUGUGUGUUUGUGUAUUAGAAAAUGUUAAGAUUACUUCAUAAAAAGGAAAAUAUUUUAAUUACUUUCUUAAAAUGUCUAAAAUAAGCCUAUGGAGCUUGUAGCCUACAAGAGGGAGAUGAUGGCUUGGGUGAAUUUCACACUGUCAAUGUUUAAAAUAGGUAACUCCCAGUUCUUGCAUAACAGCUUAGUUGGAUGAAAUGGUAUCACAGGAAAGAACAAUUUUCUUGGGUAGCAUACUAUGGGUAAUAUGGUGAAGACCAUAUUAUCAAGUGGUAACCUUUACUACUGGGACGCAUGUGGCACUGUGGGUUAAACCACAGAGCCUAGGACUUGCCGAUCAGAAGGUUGGCGGUUCGAAUCCCCCAACGGGGUGAGCUCCCGUUGCUCGGUCCCUGCUCCUGCCAACCUAGCAGUUCGAAAGCACAUCAAAGUGCAAGUAGAUAAAUAGGUACCUGCUCCAGCGGGAAGGUAAACGGUGUUUCCGUGUGCUGCUCUGGUUCGCCAGAAGCGACUUAGUCAUGCUGGCCACAUGACCCGGAAGCUGUACGCCGGCUCCCUCGGCCAGUAAAGUGAGAUGAGUGCCGCAACCCCAGAGUCGGUCACGACUGGAACUAAUGGUCAGGGGUCCCUUUACCUUAACCUUUACUACUACAGUAAAUGAGUGACCACCCAGAUGGAUUAUACAUACAGCCCUUCAGUAACCUGAAGUAUCUAACUCUUUUUGGAGGCCACAGAAUUUGACAGCAUACAUCCUCGCUUCUUUCUCUGGGUCCAAUGAAUCAGUUGCCUCCUUAGGAGAAAGAUAGUCCAGAAUUGGGUUGCUAAACAAGUAACAGCAUCUUUAAUUGGUGUGGCUGUCUCUAACUGCAUAGAGAUCUCUUCUGCCCUGGUGGGAAUAACAUAAGGAGUAGCAGCCAUACAACCAAGGCUUGAAAAUCCCUACUGCUGUUUUCAUCUAUGUACUGAUAGAGCAAUAGAAACAUAUCCAGAACUACAGUGAUAGUAUUUCAGCAUUUAGGGCCACUUUGUCUAGGUUCAAACUAGGGAGGCAUGCUAUUCACUCUGCAGUCUUUUUUAAUCUUUUCUGGCCAAGUGGUGUGAACUUGUAAUGUAAAUUCCUCACAAGUAAGCUGACUUUUCUGGUUGCCAAAUAAUGUGAAUCAAGUGGCAUCACAUCAUCUAAAGGCAGUCCAGUGAAUCAUAAUUUCUAAAUCUCUUAAAUUGUGAAAAUCUAGCUUUUAGGGAAAUGCUUACUGGUUUCAGGUUUAAGAGAAAUCUCUUUUAAGCAGGAUAUACAGUUUCACAUAAUGGUAAGCCUCUUAAAACAUAAAAUGGUAAGUCUUAAAUUUUGUUCACUUUUUUAGGUGAUGACACCUGGUACCGUGCUGUCGUUCUGGAAGUUAGUGUAUCAGAAGUCAAAGUGGCAUAUGCAGACUAUGGAAAUGUGGAAAUAUUGCCAUUAUCUAGGCUUCUACCUAUAACUGCCCCCUACUUGGAACUACCUUUUCAGAUACUCAAGUGCUCCAUUGCAGGUAGCAAACCAGCUAGAGCAAUUUGUCAAAAAACCAAAUGCCUUAAUAUGGAUAUAUAUUCACAUCUAUACGGAGCCUUGAAUUUUAAUGUGUUAAUAAGCAGUGCUAAUGUUAUCUUGUAAUUUUCUUGUGGAAAUCCCUUGGAGAAUAAAAGUGGAAUGUAAAUAUGAAAUUAAAAUUGUCAAAUGUUCCAUAGGGCACAUGCCAGAGGUAAAAGCAGGUGCAAACAUAAAUGUUCUGUACUGUAGGGUAGUUUGCACACAUUCACACACCCCUCUAUCCUCCAACCAGGCAAGCAGGAGGCAUCAAAGUUUCAAGGGUACAUUCCAGCUAGGCAGAAACACUCAAGGAGAGGACAGGACAGGUUAGGGUAUAGCCUGGGAAGAGGGUGUGUAGCUGAGGAAGAGGCGGAGCCUGGAUAGAUCCUAAGCGCCAGACAGAGAGGACUAGAAGGGCCAAAGUUGGCCUUGAGGUCUGAGGUUCCCCACCCCUGUCUUAAAAAAUUUGCAAAAACUAUUCUUGUGGUGACAGAGUUCAUGUGCAGGAAGGAUUGCAAAUGUAUUCAAAUAUGGACAGAGUAGUUUUCAUUAUUUUAAUGGCACUGAUUUUAAGAAAAGCAAUGUAAACUGUCAGAUUUGUAAGCACUAGCAUUGUAAAAUGUCAGUAGCAUAGAUUUGAAUUUAAGGUUUAUUUGUAUUCUAGGAAUUAUGGAACUGGAUGGAAAGUGCUCCAUCUUAGCAGCAGAGAAGCUGAAAAGUUUUUUACUGAAUGAGUGUGUGACAAUUACAGUGAAAGGAGUUAAUAAGAAUAUUCAUAUAGUAACUGUCAAAAAAAAAUCUGGAACUCAUACUAUGAAUGUAGCUGAUGAACUAGUAAUCGAAAACUCAGCAAAAGAUAGCAACAUUGAGAAUCGUAAGUAAUUUACCCUAAGGUAAUUUCUUGCUAAAAUGUAACCCACAUACUUACUAUAAAGAUUUGAAAACUUCGUUAAUCGGUACCUUAUUUUACAAAAUUGGAAAUGCCUUGCUAUGGGCAGCCUUAUUGCUGUUCAGUGGUGUAGCAAGAAGCUAUAUAUAUUUGUUUUUCUUUCAGGAUGUGUAAAAAACACUAAGUGCUGUUGUAUGGAGCUGAGAAAGCAAGUAAGUUUCAAUUUGGAGUUGAAGUUCUGUUUGUUUCCAAAUCCUGAUUGCUUGCAGAGCCAAUGCAAGUUUGUUUUGGUUUGGUAUUUUGUCUCCACCUUCAGACCAGAGCUGGUCUGCCCAUAAUGCGGGGUGAAGCGCUUGCCUCAGGCAGCAGAAGUGCCAGAGGCAGCGCUCCACCCACCCCACCACUUCUGCCACUGAGAGGGAGGUGUUCUGGCUCACAGCGUUGCUGCUGUCAGCCAGAGAAGUCAAGUGAGCAGCACCCUGGAUCCUGCUCCAUGCAUGCCAUUUGUGGCUUGGCAACACUUAGAGGAGCGCCUUGGAUCCUGCCAAGUUCAGCAAGAGCCCGGGCACGGCAGGGGCAGAGGUGGGGUGCCAUGGGCAGGAGCAGGAGGCGGCAAUUCCCAUUUUGCCUCAGGUGGUGAAACAAGACAGGCUGCCCCUGUUCAGACUGCAUCAUGGAUGUUGAAAAGGUAGCAAGACUGUCAGUUAUGGAAACAUCAGACACUGGUAUAAAACAUGUUUUUUAAGAGGUUGCUGCCCAGCUCACUUUAUUCUCCUAAAUAAAACUUAAGCAUUUGUUUUCUAGCUGAAAUUUGGAUGGCAAACAAUAUUGACUUCAAAAUGUUACUGUAUUUCAUCAGCUUUCCAACUGAUUUUCAGUAUACUUCAGUUGAUUUUGAGAGAUGAGUUUGGAUCCAAAAGCUCCCUUCUGACAGAAGGUGCAUUUGCAUUCAACCUGAGAUCAUGAUGUAGACAGGUUUGAGUAUUACAAACUAGUUAGCUUAGGUUUUGCUAAGUGUGCUUUUUCUUGCUUUUUAGUAUGUGUGUUGUGUGCUUACUUAUUUUUCCCGUUUUUUGUUAGGAGUGUUUUAUAAUAAUAAUAAUUUAUUAUUUAUACCCCGCCCAUCUGGCUGGGUUUCCCCAGCCACUCUGGGAAGCUGCCCAUGUUUGGUUUUGUUGAUGUGUGCAUUCUGCUGGCCUUGCCUGUUUGUGGGGGGGUUCUAAUUGUUCUAAUUUAUUUUUUUGACUUUGUGUGACAGGAAUACCUCUUUUUUGUUUUUGGUUGGGUCUUUUCACUGAGCAUUACCAGUUUUACCUGAUGUGAAAUGCACCCUCCAGGCCUAAGACAAAAUUGUUCCAUUAUAAUGGCUGUUUUUUCUACCCUUUCAUAGGUUACAAAGCUUGAACAGAUUAUUUAUUUUCUCCUAAAAGAUCGCUUUGGUGAAGAAAAAGUUCCUGAAAUGAUAAAGCUCUUUGAAGAAGCUGUGCUGGAAUGA